AUGACGAGUACAAAUCCUGCAUCGUACGAACGCAGUAUUCCGCCGGGUUUUAAAGGAUAUGACUACCUAGACGAUCCCAAGAAGGAUGCUGCGCAAGAUGAGUACGCAAUGAGUAUACCGACAUCUGCCGAAGAUAGGGGAUCUCUUCGACGCUACUCAACCGACCUCACGGGCGUGCGUAGCCAUCUCAACGACUUCAACGAGCUGCCUGGUCGAUUCAAAUUCCUAUCUACUCUCCAUACGGAGGCCUAUCAAGUUGUAUCCCCCUAUUCCGGUUCCUUACAUACCAGUACCACAAGGACGUCCGAGGCAGAUACGGCCGUUGAUGAAAGCGCGCCAACGCCUCGCAGGCCACGUCUCAGCUCUUUGUUUGUGGCGAACAGAGCAACUCUGCCUUCUCCCGAUGUGUCGCUACGCACUGUCGCGUCUGGCGUUCAAGGAGACGACUUCGGCAUCAGUCCUUGGGCUUUUGAGCAUCUACCUAAUCCGGUAAUAUUCCCUCACCUCCAGAUCCCAUCGAGUGAGACGCUCGUGCCGGACACCGAGAAUAGGGCAUCUUUACCCCUCAACAGCAUGCCGGAUAUUCUGACGUCGACGUCUGUGAACGGAACGAACGGAGUAGGUCUACUAGAGAGCUCAGACGGAGCAACUAUAGCCAACGAAGUGGAAGCAGUCCCUUCCCCUUCCAGUCCAUACGAGUUACCGUCCAACAAUCCGUCAGAGUUCGCCAAUACCUUCCUAUGCAACAUCAACGAAGGAGACGGUGCAGACGCUUUACUUGCGAUAUAUGUCGAGCCAAAUACGCCCUGA